AAGUACAGUGUCAGAGCUAGAAGACUUCUCGAUUCGUAGUCUAGCAGAAUGUCUUCAACAGAACGCGAGGAUCAAACCAUUAGUGAAAGCAUGAUACCUUUGCUGGAAACAACUAACAAAUCCAAAGAAGAUUCAGCAGAAAAAACCACAUCACUAUUACCAGUUACAGUCAUCAGAGAUGAAAGUUUCCGACCCAUUUCGAAUUUCGAGACGAUGCUUCAUUUGUUGAAAGGAAAUAUCGGCACGGGACUUUUCGCUAUGCCAAGUGCGUUUCGUAAUUCAGGAUUGUGGACGGGAACUGUCUUGACGAUCAUUACAGCCUUCAUAUGCACCCAUUGCAUGCACAUUUUGGUAAAAACAGGCCUAAUCGUGAAAGAGAGAAGAGGCUACGAAAUAGCUGUUCCUUAUGCCGAGGUAGCAGAAAUCGCCUUUCAAACAGGGUCGCAAAGAUUUGUAAAACACGCCAAAUUAGCAAGGAUUUCGGUCAAUGUUUUCAUCUGCGUCAGCCAGUUGGGUUUCUGUUGCGUCUACUUGGUGUUUGCCAGCACCAAUUUGAAACAGGUUGUUGAUUAUUACGCACCGAAUUUACAGUGGGACGUCCGCGUAUUCAUGUGCCUAGUCACUUUUCCUCUGAUCUUUCUCAAUUGGCUACGUGAUUUGAAGCUCAUGGCGCCAGUCUCAUUCCUGGCUAAUGUCCUACAAUCAGUCAGCAUCGUGAUUGUGUUUUACUACAUAACUCGAGAUGGUUUACCGCCUCUCAAUUCCAAGCCAGCUUUCAACGACUGGGUCGGACUUUCACUCUUCUUUGGAACUGUCGUUUUCUCGUUCGAAGGCAUCGGCCUUAUCUUGCCCAUUCAAAAAGAUAUGCGUCAUCCGCGGGAUUUCGAAGGGUGGAAUGGAAUCCUGAACGUAGGAAUGGUUCUCGUGACUUGUCUGGAAUUGGCGAUGGGUUUUUAUGGUUAUCUCAAAUAUGGAGCUGCCAUUGAGGGAUCCAUUACACUUAAUCUCCCCCAAGACGAGAUAUUGGCCAGGUUGGUGAAAGUUUUUAUGGUUUUCGCCAUUUUUGGAAGUUAUACCAUGCAGUUUUACGUCCCCAUCCCGAUACUGUGGCCCGUUUUGGAGAAGAACGUAGCAGCGUUCAAUAAACAUCCGCUCGUGUUCGAACUCAUCUUCCGAACUGUAUUGGUUCUGGUGACUUUGACCUUGGCGGCAGCAAUUCCUCAUUUAGAUUUGUACAUUUCGCUUGUCGGAGCAUUCGGAGGAUCAUUUUUGGCUUUAAUCUUUCCACCGAUACUGGACAUUGUCACACACUGGCCGCAUGUCAGCUAUACGGUCAUCACCAAGAAUUUUCUGAUUGUAAUUUUUGGCUUGACUGGCUUUACAUCCGGCACAUACGCCUCCGUCAAAGAAAUUUUAUCGACAUACUGAUGAUGAUUUUUGGUCAGGAAUCGCCUAACUCUCCGAUUUGAUCAGUUAAAUCAAAUGAAGAUGCGUUAAGUUAAAACUUUAAACAAGCACGAUCAUUAAACUGGACUAGUGUCGUCCAUUCUGGGACGAAAGAAUCUCUAGAUUUAUUUCUUGUUUUCUCAAGGCAUGAUUUCGGUAUUUUAUACAACC